AACCCUAAAGCCCUUUCCAACUACGACGUAUAAACUCUCUUAUUAUCGCCGAAUCUCAUCUAUCUGAGGAAGACGCUAGGGUUUCUGCAACUGCACAGCAAUGGGUAAGGGAACAGGAAGCUUUGGUAAGAGGAGGAACAAGACCCACACACUGUGUGUGAGGUGCGGUCGCCGCAGUUUCCAUCUCCAGAAGAGCCGAUGUUCUGCUUGUGCUUAUCCUGCUGCUAGGAAGAGAUCAUACAACUGGAGUGUGAAGGCAAUCCGCAGAAAGACAACUGGUACAGGCCGCAUGAGGUACCUCCGCAACGUCCCUCGCAGAUUCAAGACCAAUUUCAGAGAAGGGACUGAAGCAGCUCCAAGGAAGAAGGGAACAGCAGCUUCUGCUUGAAGAGAGAGUAAUUGAGGAGGGUACUUUUUUAAUGGUAGCUUCAUUUUGAAAGUAUUUUCAAGUAUUAGAAGGCAAAGAAAUUUGGGAAAGCUUAUUUUUGUUGUUGAUGUCCGGUCUAAAUUAGAAGUACUUAAAUUUUUGAAAUGUGUUGUUGAAAUUGACAUUCUGAUACAGAGUUUUGAUUUUAUUUAUAAGCUGCUUUCUAUUUUUGUUGCUGAA